AUGCCCGGCAAUCACUGCCGCGAAGGCGGUGGCAGUGGCAGCGCCGCGCCACCCUCCGGCCAGGAAAGGCCCCGUCCGCCGCCCCGCGCCACAAGCACGCGGCUCUGGGGCGGCUACCGGCGCCCCCCGCCCCCUUCUCCUCCCCCCCUGCGUGGGGCCGCCGCGGCCACGCCCGUCCGCGGCUCUGCCCCCGUCCGGCGGCCGGGAGCACUCCGCCACGGCUGCAGGCUGGUGCGCGCUCUCUCGGCGGCGUCUCCACCCGCGUCUUUCCCUCUUUUCUUCCUUCCCUUCUUCCCUACUUCGCCUCGCGUCGCUUCGUCUGUCGGGGAUAUGGCCACUUCCCCCGCCAGUCAGCAGCAGGUAAGUCCCCUCUGCGGUGCGGAAGCUGAGAGCAGCCGGCGGGGAGCCGUUAACGCCGUGCUGGCAGGUGGGCAGCCCCUGCGCUGGGGGUACCAGGUGGUAGGUGUUACCGGGGCGCGGCUGAGGACAGAGAUCUGGCAGCGCGGCGGCAAAAGGGAAAGGGGGGCGGUGGUUACACUCUCUGGAGGGGUGGCAGUGACUUUGUACCGAGCUGCUCUCACUAAAGGGGACCAGGGGUUCCCGUUGUUGGAGCAGCCGACGAGCAAGCAAUGUGGGUUUCACUUUGAGCCUGCAAAUAGUUCUCAAAAUCAUAGCUAUCGAACUUUAUCCUUGUCUGGGCAUGUUGGCUUUGGUAGUUUGCCUGAGCAACUUGUUAAAAAAUCCAUCAAACAGGGCUUCUGCUUCAACAUUCUUUGCAUUGGGGAAACUGGAAUUGGGAAAUCAGCCUUGAUAAACAGCUUGUUUAACACCAAUUUUGAUGACCCUGUGUCAACACAUUUUCUGCCACGUGUACAACUUAGAGCCCAGACUUAUGAACUCCAGGAAAGUAAUGUUCUUUUGAAGCUGACUGUUGUAAACACAGUGGGGUUUGGCGACCAGAUAAACCGAGAGGACAGCUAUCAGCCAAUAGUGGAUUAUAUAGAUGCACAGUUUGAAGCCUAUCUCCAGGAAGAACUGAAAAUUAACCGUUCUUUAUUUAGCUACCAUGAUACUCGCAUCCAUGUGUGCAUCUAUUUCAUUUCACCUACAGGCCAUUCCCUAAAAGCCCUAGACUUGUUAACCAUGAAAAGCCUUGACAGCAAGGUGAACAUUAUACCAAUUAUUGGCAAAGCAGAUGGCAUUUCUAAAACUGAACUACAGAAUUUCAAGAACAAAAUCAUGAGUGAAUUAGUUAGCAAUGGUGUCCAGAUUUACCAGUUUCCAACUGAUGAUGAAGCCUUCUCUGAAAUGAAUACCAUGAUGAAUGGGUGUUUGCCAUUUGCUGUAGUAGGAAGUACAAAAGAGGUGAAAAUUGGAAACAAAACGGUGAGAGCUCGUCAGUAUCCCUGGGGCAUUGUACAAGUGGAGAAUGAGAACCACUGUGACUUUGUGAAGCUUCGCAAGAUGCUUAUUUGCACAAAUAUGGAAGACUUAAGAGAGCAGACUCAUGCACGGCAUUAUGAGUUGUACAGACGCUGCAGACUGGAAGAGAUGGGCUUCAGAGACACUGGCCCUGAGAACAAACCAGUCAGUCUACAGGAAGCCUAUGAGGCAAAGAGGCAUGAGUUGUACCUUGAACUGCAAAGAAAAGAGGAGAAGAUGAGACAACAGUUUGUGCAGAGGGUGAAGGAGAAAGAAACAAUAUUGAAAGAAGCAGAGCAACAGAUACAGACUAAAUUUGAACAUCAUAUGCUAAUGCAUCAAGAAGUGAAACAGAAAUUAGAGAAAAAGAAAAAAAUUCUAGAAAACGAAAUAGCGCUCUUUAUUGAGAAGAAAGCUAAUGCUGAACUACUCCAAUCACAAGCGACCAUCUCUACGCCUGUUUUUGGUUUGAAGAGAGACAAGGACCGCAAAAAGUAAAUUUUUUGACUUAAAAUCCUGUGCUUUGAUGUCAGAGAUGAGGAAGUCAUCAACAUUCAUCAACAGAGGCGGAAGGGGUUAGAGAGGGAGAAAAAUUCACCCAGAAAUAGUCUUUGA